AAAAUGAACAUUUUUCAGCGACGCACACCUCUUCGCUCAAGAUGUUUUCGCUUACAAGUUGAUUUGACAGUAAAUUAAUUAUCAAUUUUUUACGUCUGAUAUACGCUUAUCUGAGCAAUAUAGUCGUUGGGCAAUGAGCAAGUGGAUUUUUCAAUUAUCAACCAGAAACAAGACAAUCAGGCCGCUGAAAAGCCGGAAUAUAUUGCAAAACAUACAAACCAAUCGUUGUAACUCAACAGAUAUGGCAGGACGACUCAGUGGUAAAGUUGCAGUGGUAACAGCGUCAACUGAUGGGAUUGGUUUUGCUAUAGUUUCAAGAUUAGCAGCCGACGGUGCUAAGGUAGUUAUCAGCAGUCGAAAGCAAGACAAUGUAAAUCGAGCUGUAUCCGAAUUGAAAUCGAAAGGAUUCCAGAACGUAUUGGGCGUAAAGUGUCAUGUAGGUGAUAAUGAUGACCGAAACAAUUUAUUUAAGCAAACCGUUGAAAAAUUCGGUGGCUUAGAUAUAUUCGUAUCAAAUGCGGCAGUAAAUCCAGCAGUUGGCGGAGUGUUGGAUUGCACCGAAGAAGUUUGGGAUAAAAUUUUCGAUAUUAAUGUGAAGGCAUCAUUUCUGCUGGCUAAACAAGCGGCGCCUUUGAUCCAAGAAAGAGGAGGCGGAAGUAUAGUCUUUAUAUCUUCAAUUGCUGGAUACACUCCAUUCAGCUUACUCGGAGCAUAUUCGGUCAGCAAAACUGCCUUGUUCGGACUAACAAAAGCCGUGGCUCAAGAUUUAGCAACCGAAAAGAUUCGUGUCAAUUGUGUGGCUCCCGGUGUUGUGAGAACUAAAUUUGCCAGAGCUAUGUACGAAACAGAAACGGCAAAACAAGCGGUAUUAGCAACCAUUCCAAUGGGUAGACUCGCAGAAUCAAAUGAAAUAGCCGGAGUCGUGUCAUUUUUGGUGUCCGAAGAUGCAAGUUUCAUAACCGGUGAAACUAUAACUGCUGCUGGUGGAAGCAUUUCCCGAUUAUAAUUUUUGUUUUUGUUUUCGAAUGUGGUGAAUGGCUGGAUUGUUAAUGUUUUUGGUUGGCCGGGGUAUUGGAAAUAAAUUAAGCAAUUGAACUGUUUCAA